UUAUUAUCUGUGGCGACUAACAACAAAAUUUUGACAAGCGGUGCAAGUCAUCACAUUUCUCUCUUAUAAUUUUUGCAUUUAAUUGAGAAUAACGCUAAGGAAAACGUUCUGAAACUGAAUUUAUAAAGUUAUUCCUUGUCAAAAUGGCUUCAGUUUUACUUCCUGAAGUACCGGCUCCUGGAUUUUCCUUUGAGAAUUUUCAGCGCAAUGCUUUCCUUGCUUCAAAAGGAUUCCCAGCGCCCACAGCCACUAAAACUGGUACCACAAUCGUUGGUAUCAUUUACGCUGACGGCGUGAUUUUGGGUGCCGAUACCCGCGCCACCGAGAACACUAUUGUGUCGGAUAAGAAUUGCGAGAAGAUCCACUACUUGGCCGGCAACAUGUACUGUUGUGGGGCGGGUACGGCGGCGGAUACGGAGAUGACGACGCAGACGGUGUCGUCGCAGCUGGAGCUGCAGCGGCUGCACACGGGCCGCCAGGUGCCGGUGGCGACGGCCGCCACGCUGCUCAAGCGCAUGCUGUUCCGCUACCAAGGACACAUUGGCGCUGCCCUUGUGCUGGGUGGUGUUGACCGCACAGGACCACACAUUUACUGCAUUUAUCCACAUGGAUCUGUUGAUAAAUUGCCUUAUGCUACUAUGGGCUCUGGAUCCUUAGCAGCCAUGGCAGUAUUUGAGUCUGGCUGGAAGCCCAACAUGAAUGAGGAGCAGGGCAAAAAAUUGGUCAGGGAUGCCAUUGCUGCUGGUAUUUUCAAUGAUUUGGGCUCUGGUUCCAAUGUGGAUCUUUGUGUCAUCCGCAACACUGGGCCUGCCCAGUACCUGAGGACUUUUGAAGAAGCUAAUGUGAAGGGCAAGAAACAAGGUUCAUACAGAUAUGCUCCUGGAACUACUGCUGUGCUGAGGCAGAAGGUGAUUCCUCUAGAGGUGGAGUCGGUGACUGUUCACCAAGUGCAGCCCAUGGAAGUGGAACCUUCAGGAAGUCGCCGUUAAGCGUUUUAUUUUAUAUAAACAACAAUAAAUUUUACAACAUAUUAGAA